AUGUCAAUGCUUGAAGAACUUCAACUUUCUGCAAAUCACUUGAGUGGGGGCUUGCCUAAAAGCAUUGGACUACUUACGAGAUUACAUGAGCUCUCUCUUUAUAUUAAUCAAUUGAGUGGGAGAAUUCCCACUAGUCUUGGUGAGCUCUCAUCCCUUUUUAAACUAGAUGUCUCUUAUAACUCGUUGGAUGGGGUUCUUUCUGAAAUUCACUUUAUGAAACUCAACAAUCUAGUCGUGUUAGAUUUGUCUGAGAAUUUAAUAAUGUUCAAUGUGAGCCCUCAUUGGAUUCCACUUUUCCAAUUGAACUAUUUUCGUGCAUGCUCCUGCAACGUCGGACCUCAAUUCCCAAAUUGGCUUCAAACAUCAACAUAUAUUAUAGAUAUACAUUUUUCCAAUUCGGGUAUUAGAGAUAGCAUACCUCAAUGGUUUGAGAACAUCACAUUUCAUCUUGGUUUUUUGGAUUUGUCGGAAAACAAGAUCGGUGGAAAUUUGCCACGAAUGAGAAAUCCAGGUGAUAUUCCAUCUUGGAUUGGAAAAAAGUUAUCCAAGCUUAGAAUCUUAAAUCUCCAAUCAAAUAAUUUUAUGGGUAAGAUUCCACCGGAACUGUGUCAAAACAACGCUCUUCAACAUUUAAACUUGGCAAAUAAUAACAUAAGUGGAAUGAUCCCUCAUUGUAUUUAUAAUUUAACUGGUAUGAUAGUGACUAGUGUUGACUUUCAAUACUAUGCCUCUCCAUAUGAAGAAAAUAUUGAGAGUUACAUAAAAGCUUUGAACAACUUGAAUCUUUCUAGAAACUUGUUAAGUGGACAGAUUCCAACUAGGAUUGGAAAUCUAAACAAAUUGGAAUCUUUAGAUUUUUCAAUGAAUUUGUUGUCUGGUGGAAUUCCUCCAAGCUUGGCUACUUUAAACUUUCUAAGUUACUUAAAUUUGUCCUUCAAUAACUUAUCUGGUCAAAUACCAUUUGGAAAUCAACUCCAAACUUUAGGUGAUCCAUUAGCUAUUUAUGGAGGGAACAAUGAGUUAUGUGGACCCAUACUAGUUAGAAGUUGCAAUAAAAAGAAUUUAUCAGAUACUCAUGUUAGUGACAAAGACGGUAAUAAUGAAAUCCAAGAUUUUUAG